CAAAGACAUCCAGGCGAUCCAACUUAGCCAAGACGUACGAACAGAACACACCUGCGAAUAUACUCCGGCCUCAACCAACCUGUCUCAAAUCAUCGCAGACUCUUUCUGAACACAAGACAAACCAAAAACACCAUCCCACUCUCUAUCGCGGACACUCGUCAUGGCUGACUCCCUCACCGAAGAGCAAGUCUCCGAAUUCAAGGAGGCCUUCUCCCUCUUUGACAAGGACGGCGAUGGUCAAAUUACGACCAAGGAGCUCGGUACCGUCAUGCGCUCUCUGGGGCAAAAUCCCUCCGAGUCGGAGCUUCAGGACAUGAUCAACGAGGUCGACGCCGACAACAAUGGAACCAUUGACUUCCCUGAAUUCCUUACCAUGAUGGCUCGUAAGAUGAAAGAUACCGACUCUGAAGAGGAGAUCCGGGAGGCCUUCAAGGUCUUCGACCGCGACAACAACGGCUUCAUCUCCGCCGCUGAGCUGCGCCAUGUCAUGACUUCGAUCGGCGAGAAGCUUACAGACGAUGAGGUUGAUGAGAUGAUCCGCGAGGCUGACCAGGACGGCGAUGGACGCAUUGACUACAACGAAUUCGUCCAGCUCAUGAUGCAGAAGUAAGGCGUCAGGUUGGUAGAGCAGCUGUCGAUCAACCCCACCUAGUUUUGGCCGCGCAGCAUGAUCUUCUAUGUGAGGAAAGACGAGGGUAGGUUCUCACCGAGUCUGGGCUGGUUAGAGGAUAUACUUUUUGGGACCAUCGGAGCUCCCACGCAAGGAUAUCCAGUGAAGGCAUAAGUACGACAGCCGAAUGGAUGGAGGACUUGAUGCCUACAUCUCACUGCCAGGACA